AUGAAACACUUCGCCAAAACGAAUCUCGUCAAUCUCUACCUCGAAUCUCUCCUGGCUAGCAACCCGCAACUGGGUCUAGUGGAAGAUCAGAGAAUCAUUUAUUACAAGAAGAAAAAGUCGGACAAGGUCCGAGUUAUUUCGGGCGGCGGAUCGGGCCAUGAGCCCAGCUGGAGCGGUCUUGUGGGCUCGGGACUACUAGAUGCUGCUGUCUGUGGAGACAUUUUUGCAUCUCCUUCGGCCAGACAGGUUAUGGCCGGUAUCAGAGCCUCGGAACCCGACAGUGGCGUUAUUCUGGCAAUCACAAACUACACGGGCGACAAGCUGCACUUUGGACUGGCCCAAGAGAAGUUCCAGGCCGAGUCUGGAGGCAUGCAGGUGGCAGUCAUCCCUGUGACUGAUGAUGUCGCUCUCGGACGAACCCGGUCCUCAAAGGUCGGAAGACGGGGACUGGCGGGAAACCUGCUUGUUCUCAAGUCCAUGGGAGCCUGUGCUGAGGCUGGAGGUUCCUUUGAUCACGUCUCCAAUGUAGGACGGGCAGUGAACGACGGACUGGUCACGGUGGGAUGUUCUCUGGACCACUGCAGUGUUCCUGGUCGAACAGACGUGGACUUUCAUAUCCCUCAUGACAAGGCUGUACUUGGAAUGGGUAUUCACAACGAACGAGGACUUGUUGAGGUCGACAUUCCCGAACGGCCUGAAGAUCUCAUCAAACAGAUGUUGACUCUUUUGCUAGACCCCAACGACAAGGAGCGAGCCUUUGUGUCCUUCAAGGAGAAGGACGAGGUUAUUCUGCUGGUCAACAACUUUGGUGGGCUGUCUAAUCUCGAGAAUGGAGCCCUAACUCAAGUGGCCCUGUCUGUUCUGGAGCAGGAUUAUAACAUUGUUCCCUGUCGAGUCCUGUCUGGAGCCUUUGAGACGUCGCUAGACGGCCCAGGCUUUUCAAUCACUCUUUACAACCCUUCAUACUCUGCAACUCUCGUUGAAAAAUUAUCUAGCAAACAGCUUCUAGAGCUCAUCGAUGCUCCAACUGAUGCUCCUGCUUGGCCAAGGGUCGGUGUCAACGAGCCCAAGAAACAGAAGGUGCUCUCCAAGCAGGAGGAGCUAGCGGCCAAGGACUGCGAAGAGUCGCCUUAUGACGAGCUUGUUUCGCGUAUUUGCAAACAUGUCAUUUCAAUCGAGCCUUCUCUCACCACCUGGGAUACUGUAAUGGGUGAUGGAGACUGCGGUAUGGCAGCCAAAGACGCGGCACUUCACAUUCAAAAGGAGUGGAAUUCCCGCAAGCAGUCUUCUUUAAAGGGAACUCUUAAUCUCCUCUCGUCCUGCCUGGAUGACAUGGGUGGCUCUCUGGGAGCCAUUCUGGGCAUCUUUGUUAGUGCUCUCAUCUACAACCUGCAAAAGGAAGGAGUUGAACAGGCUCCAAAGGCGGUUGGAUUGGCUUCAAAAUCUCUCCAGACACACACACAGGCUCGCAAGGGUGACCGAACGGUCAUGGACUCUCUGAUUCCCUUCUGUGAAGUCUACGCCUCGUCUGGAAGUCUUCAACAUGCAGCCAAAGCCGCUCAGGAGGGAGCAGAAAGCACAAAGACCCUCAAAGCUCAGUAUGGACGAGCCAGUUAUGUUUCAAAGACCGCAGAUGUUCCCGAUCCCGGAGCCUGGCUGUUUGCCGCAGUUGUUGACCAGCUUUCCAAGUAG